AUGAAGAUAUUUUUAAAAACUGAAUUACUCAAAGCUAUUUCAUUUAGAAAUCCUGUGAAACUACCUUUUACGUAUUGGGUGUUAGUGUUUUGUAGAUUUGCUUUAACGUUACUACCGCAGCGAGGCUAUAUUCAUCCAGACGAGUUUUUUCAAAAUGUUGAAGUCAUUGCAGGGGAUAUUCUAUCCAUAGACGUCUCACGGACAUGGGAGUUCAAUCCAAAGUUCCCCAUCAGAAAUAUCUUCAUACCCAAGCUAAUUCUUGGUCCACCUUUACACUUUAUUCGCCUAAUGAACCCUUAUUCAAAGCAUUAUCUCAAUGUAGAUCUCAGAACGCCAUAUUAUUUAUUGGUUUUCCCUCGAAUAUUUAUAUGCUUACUGUCCCUAAUUAAUGACUAUUGCCUAUAUAGAAUUUGUGUACUCUAUGGACAAAAUUUCAGGAAUAGACUCAAGAUCUUUGCUAGCUCAUAUGUAGUUUUUACCUACUGCUGUAGAAGUUUCUCCAACACAUUUGAAAUGAUAUUUUUUUCUAUGCUCCUUCUUUUAGUUGCUGAAUGUAUGAUGAAAUCAGACAAUGUCAUUUAUCACAAUGAGUUUUUGAAAGAGAAAUAUGAGCAAGCCAAAACUGCAGUUGAAAAAGUUAAACUUUUUAAACUGACUACGCAUUUACCAGAACAUAAUUUGAAUCGUGUGAUUAUUUUAUCUACUAUUGUAGUCAUAGGAAUCUUCAAUAGACCUACUUUUGUGGGCUUUGCGUUCCCUCCGAUAUUUUUCUGGCUUCACAGAGGUCUAGGCUCUAAAGUCAUUGGUUUUAAAGACUUCCAUUAUAGGAUAUUUAUGUUUAUAAUCUGUGGUAUACCUACCACAUUUCUUCUUAUUCUAAUAGACUCCAGUUACUAUGGAUACAUUACAAUGGCUGAUUUAGAAUCAAUGAAAAUUUCAUUGAACAAUUGGGUGGUAACACCUUUGAACUUUUUGAGAUACAACUCUGAUAUGAGGAACCUGACAUCACAUGGUCUACAUCCACGAUGGCUUCAUUUAGCUGUGAAUGUGCCGUUACUGUUUAAUGUACUGGGAAUAUUGGCAUUAAUUACACUCUCUAUCAAUACAUACAGAUUCAUUCGUGGCCAGUAUAGCAAGCUACCGAGAAUCCAAAGCAUCACAGGUCUAAUGCUUUUCUCUCUAGUCACACCGAUUAUAUUACUAUCUCUGUUCCCGCACCAAGAAGCCCGCUUUAUCAUACCCGUUCUCAUUCCUUUAAUAUAUCUAUACGCUAACCAUCUACAUGUCAACGAAACUGACGGACUAAGAACCAGAAGAUUAAAAACUACUCUACAAAUUACUUGGUAUGUGCUUAACGCACUUCUAACAAUAUUCUUUGGGUUCAUCCAUCAAGGAGGCGUUUAUCCCUUCGCCAAUAGUCUGUAUCGUGAAAUAAAGAAUAAUUACGGAGUCCACACUCACGUAAUAACUACACAUAGUUAUAGUAUACCAACAUUUUUACUUCAGUUAGAGAGUACCACCAAGGUAUGGACAGAUAGAGGUACGGGCCAUAAGUACAGACUAGCUCCAUCGACGUUCAUUCUCAAGUAUGGCUCAUUGCCAAUGGAUGACUUACUAUUCAAAGUUGACGAAGUUCUGACCAACGCUGAGAUGUUAUUGCACGAUUAUAAAAAGAAAUAUAGGUUUUAUGUUGCGUCUCCUUGCUCUUUAGAGCAACAGCUAAGGUCAGCAGCUCGAAAGUACCAAUACUUCCAGCUUGUCGAAGAAUUCUCAUACUACCCUCACUUUUGUACGGAAGCAUUUCCAAAGUUCCCUUCGAGUCACGACCAGUUUUGUGUCCAAAAUAAUGACUUACGAACAAACGAAUCUCGCGUUGUAGAUCUGAAUUUGUUACAAAGAAUCUCAUGUUUUUUGCAUAGGUUUUGUUUACGAAUAUAUCUCGUUAAACCUGUAGCGAAAUAUCUCACUUAA